CGCUAAAGGAGCGGAAACAAAUCCCAAGCAGUCAAUCGUGAAGUUCAAUAUGUCAAAAAGGCCCACGGAUACUCGGUAUGUAAAGGAGAGAGGUCCAUUCAGAGAGUUCAUUUUUCGCAGACGCAUUUGGUUUGAGACAACCUUCGUGCUCUCUAUGUUGGAGCCAUGGGAGAAAUUGCUCGUUCUGAUUGUGAUCAUCUUUACUACUGCAUUGCUCUUCACGGGAAUAUGCCUGUAUCUCCCACAACAUCUCCAAUUCCUUCGUUCUCGUGCUUCCUUCUAUCUCUCCGGAGAUGACACAUUGUAAUUCCCCCUGCUUCAUUAUGUCAUGGGCAGGCCAAUUCCACAUCCAACACUAAGGUGUUUCCUCAGAUUUCUUGCUGACUGAAAUGGCCUAUUAUCUAUUUAUGCUUCCCCCUUUGUUUCAAGUCAAAUACGGUAUGGGCGAGUAAUAAGGCAAAGACUGCAUUUGAAAAGAAGAACCUCCUAUUCUGGAUCUCUGCUCACACUAUGUGGUUGCCAACUGUAAAAAAAAAAAACAAAAAAAAUAAAAGUAUUUUCCACGCA